ACAGCAUGUGUAACACUGUGUGUGCGUGGUGGUAUGUGCAAACUUUUGAAGCCAAUUUUUAUAAAUCAGAAAGGAGUCUGAUAGUGUACCAAGGUAUCAUUACAAAGUAGAAGACAAGCGCAAAUCACAGGCGAAAAUUUUGACCUCCAGCUGCAGAAGACUUCAGUGAGGGGUUAGGAUGGGGAAGAAGAAGAAAGUUGAACAUCAAGACGGUGAAAUGAAAGUCUCCAAAAAGGAAAAGAAGGCAAAACAAGUAGUUGUAGUUGAAAUUGACAAUGAGGCAGAAACUGUAGCACAGAAAAGUGACAAAAAGUUGAAAAAGAAAAAGGAAAAGAAAGAAGUAUUGCCUACACAAGAUGACCAAAAAGAUGGUGCCAAGAAAGAGAAAAAGUCCAAGAAGAAGAAGACAGUAAAGGAUGUAAUUGUCAUCGAAGAUGAAGACAAGAAAAAUUCCAAGAAGAAGAAAAAGAAGCAAGAUAUGCCAAUAGAAGCUGCCUCAUCUGAUAAAGCGGACAGUUCUUAUAAUGAGGAAAUCAAACCGAAAAAGUCUAAAAAGAGGAAAGCUACUGAGGAGGUCAUUGUUAUAGAUGAUACAGUACCAAAUGAGAAUCUUACAAAGAAGGAAAAAAGAAAAGAGAAGAACAAAGAGAAGUCAUCUGCAACUUCUGACAGCACCGCUGAUGAAAGAAGUGAAAAUAAGAUGUCCAAAAAGUCUGCUAAGAAGAAAGCGAAUAAAAAGGAUGCUGUUCUUGUAGAAAAAGAUGAAACAAGAUCAAGUCCAAAGGAGGGAGAAACAGUUGUAGUUGAAUCUUCAAAAACACCUGACAGCGUCCAAAAUGGCAGUGAUGCCAAGACAAAGAAGUCAAGAAAGAGAAAAUCAACCAAAGACAAAGCUGAGGGUGCCCAAGUGGAAAGUGAAUCCCAAGAGACAAGUACAAAGAAACGAAAGAAAGAAAAAUUGGCUUCGUCGGAGGCUGGCACCAGUGAAGAAUCCGGGAAAUCAAAGAAAAAGAAGAAAGAAAAGAAACAAAAAGACGAAAAACAUCAGAGUACAAGUGAUGUUGAUGAUUCGGACAAAACAAAAAGUAAAAAACAAAAAGGAAAGGAUCUCAAGAAGUCAGAAAACACUCCUGAAGUUGACAUGAAAAAAACUAAAAAGGAGAAGAAAAAAAAGAUUUCCGAUUCCUCAGCGAAAAAGCAUGGAAAAUCUGACAAGAAAGACACAACAGUUGAUUGUGGUUCUAGCCCCAAAACAGACGUCAAGUCUGAAAAGAAGGCAAAGAAGAGGAAGCAUAAAGAAAUAGAAGAAGCAAAAGAAGAGAAGCAGGAACCGUCUUCAACAGAACCUAAAACUAAGAAGGGAAAAAAGAAGGACAAGAAAAAAUCCAAAGACAAGGCCGAAAACAAGGAUCAGUCAGACCAUGUUAGCAGUACAGCAUCCGUAAAAGCAGUGAAAGUUGAACAGAAUGAAGGAGCAAGUCCCUCCAAAAGAAAACGAAAGACUUCAGAAAGUUGGGACUAUGGCAUGUACACGGUCAAUGGCAAGACUAAAUCGUACCGUUCUGAGGAAUACACAAACGUGGGGUUUAACUAUGACAAUGACAAUGACACUGUCACAGUUGUAAGUGUGAAAGAGGGGAACCCGGAUGGGUUGGGAGAACAGGAGAGAGAGAAGAGAAGACAGCUUCAGAAAGAGAUGGAAACUGUCACAGGAAAGAGGGAAGAUGUACAGACACAGAAGGAGACAGUGAAGGGAGCAGAGUCACCCACACCCAUUGUCAAGGCCGGCCAAUGGGGCACAGCCUCUCUUGGUAGUAUAGAGAGGCAGCAGAAGUUCUUCAGGCUUAUGGGAGGCAUGAAGAGCACCCCCGACAAGAACAACCAAUCAAGUGCCAGCAAAAAAACUGCAUUAGGAAACAGCCAAUCACCUUUCAACUUCAAGAAAGCAAGCAGCCAAUCAGAGUUCACUUCAGGUUCACCCCAUUCCAGGAUGGCCAUGGAUAAGUCCCAGGAGUCUAGCGUGAACAAUUUGCUGGCAUCUCAGUUUGAAACAGCUAUGUAUAGGAAAAUGACUGAAGGAAAAGUGUCAGGACUUGGUUACAAGGAAGCCCAAGACCCCAAAAAUAAGACAUUCUUUAUUGAUAAGAGUGCAACGAAAUCUUUGAAAUUUGAUGAUUGAAAUCUUAAUGUUGCUAAAAAUUACCCAAAAAAUCAUGUCAAAUAUACUUAUACAUUGUAAGGUGGGUCAGGAAAUGUCAAGAGUUUUCUUGCAUUACUAUAACUGAACAUUAUGCGAUUUGUAAAUCUUUUACAAAAUUUGUGCCUUAUCCUAUUUUCAUUGUUCAGUGAAAACUUGAAGGAUAGGCAAUAUUAUUGAAACCUGUCUUGUAAUGUUACAAUAAAGGUGCAUGUAUAGGACAGCAAAAUGAUCAUUUAAUUGACUGCAUGGAAAAAAAAUAGUGAAAAAACAAAGUUGUGCUUUUUAGAAUCAAUUUUGUUAUGUAUUAUAUUGAAUCUGUUUAUUCACGUACAAUGCAUUAGAAGUAGAACUGCUCUGAAUAUUAUGCUCUGAAUAUUAUGAUAAUUUGAUACUAGUAAUAGUAUAUGUCUCUUUUCUUCACCCACAUGGAGUUAACAUAAAUGUUUAAGUUAGGAUUUUGUUCUACAAUACAUAUAAAAGAACAAUGC